AUGACCGAACAGGAUCCGGCCAAUCAGAAGCCAGUGCGGAUCGGUGGUUUCCCCGACUAUGCUGCACCUUCAGCUCUCAAGGAAGCAGGGAUGGCUGCCAUUGCUGCUGACGUGAACCAAUACGAUCCAUGCAACCCCACUGGCCAUGUCUUUACCCACUCUGAGCUGACCCAGCUAGCAAAGUUCUGCUGCCAUCACGACCUGCUGGCAAUCACGGAUGACGUGUACAGCGCUUUCACCUAUGGCAGCGGCAGCACACCGCGCCACGUGUCGCUCGCUCAGUGGCCGGGCAUGAAGGAGCGCUGCAUCGUCACCUCGUCCAUCUCUAAAACGUUCCACGUCACCGGUUGGCGGGUGGGGUGGGCCAUAGCCCCAGCCCCCAUCGCAGCAGCCAUCAGCACCAUCAGCGCCAAGCUCAUCGACACUCCUCCGGCCCCUUUCCAGGAAGCUUCCCGGGCUGCUCUGAGCCUACCGUCAUCCUACUACACUCAAUUAAGAGAG